CGGAUCUGUGCUCGGUCAACAGUACUGCGAGGUUGUUUCAGAAACGCGGCACCACCACGAUUGAAUCGUCGUGCUCUACAGCAAGCUGUAGCCACCUUCGACGGUGGUGUAUCGCCUUACUAUGGAAGUGGCGGAUAUUCGUCACCAGCCUACAGUAGCCCUUACAGUACUCGCUCAUAUCAGUCACCACCGGUGCCCGUCAGAAAUCUUGUCAUACAACCGGACGGCUAUUUUAUGCAUGAUGUCUCGCCGGACGCAUCACUAUCUCGUCUACGUCCACCUCGUUCUGAGUCACCUUCGACGUCAAGCGGAGUUCCACAAUUACGUGUCGACACACAUGCGAUUAAGAGUGAGUCGAGUCUGGACAACACGGAUGAAGAGCAGUCAUCCAGUACCACAACCAUGAAUCACAAUCGACGGGAUUCUGGGGUCGGCUCGAGUUUAUCCAGAUCGCCCAGUGGACCAUCAUCACAGCGUCUUCGUCAAUCAAUACUACCCUACUCGGUUAAUUCGUACUUAUUUCUGAUGAACGCGAGUCAUGUUGGAUCGCUUCAAAGUAAAAAACGUGCAGCCGACAAGAACCUCAUGUCUUCUUCAAUACUAUCAAGGUCAGCAAAAUCGAUUCUAUUUUAUAGUUUCCGCAAAUCUCCACUGCGCUGUAUUAGUUACCCUUCAUAG